UAUAAUUGCAGGAUGGAUGCAUGGAAGCAUGAACUAGAGAGGUUGCUGAAUAGUUUGAAGGAUUCUGGUGAAUUUGCUGAAGAAAAAAUACAGAACAUACUACAAGUAGGGGAGGAUUAAUUGCAGAGUAAAGCUGAUGAUAUUGGGAAUAUUGAUGGGCGAUGGCCAAGCUUUGUAUAAACAGAAACAACUUUUGGAUGGACAAUCUGAAGCUCUUGAUGGCCUUCAACUCCUCAACAAACUUCGGUCUCAAGCACUUGAAGAGAUCAGGGAAACUCUGCAACAAUUGGCUCAAUUCGGGCACGAGCAACAAGAGGAGUUUCUUAGAAGGCAAAAACAACUCCAGCAAGCACAUGACCUAGUUUAGAUACGGAGAUGCAGAGUGUGUGGGUUCAAAAUGCGUCUUGGUUACAUUCAAAUUGAGUAAAAAGAAUAUUAUGCGUCUAGGAAAUGUGAGGGAAUACUUAUUGUAAAAUAUUCUCUACUUAAAAUUUAGAAAAUUACUACUUAUCACUAGUAACGUACACACGAUUUUACAUAAUCAGUGUCGGCCUAGCAUCACAAAUCAGUUAGUACACAUGUUCAGAUUUAGAACUGUGGGGUUUUAAUAUGACUUUACUUCCAUCGUAAGUUGAUGUUUACU